GGGAGGAGCAGCGGCGGUAGCAGACCGAACAAGACGGGGAAAGGAGGGAGCGCGGCAUCUCAUUUUUUUGUUUGUUUUCUCCUCACGAUAUAUACCUAUAUCGAGAGAGAAAAGAAACUCAGGAAUUGGGGGUGUAGGGAAAACGGGGGGGAGCGUGAUUAAGAUUCGUCUUUCCUCUGCAGUGCUGUGAUGCGAAAAGAAUAAGGCAAAGAGGUUGUGUGGAAAGAAUUAUCGCGCGCGCCUUUACGAACAGAACUGUGGCGGGAAGGGCGCGCAGCUCUCGAAAAGAUUCUGGUAGUCGCGUUUCCCGCGUUCUAGAUUCUAGAGAGGCUUCUGAGGGCGGGGUGCGCGCGCUCGCUUUCUUCCCGGAGGCGUAGGGGAGUUAACCAACGCCGUCAUGGCAUUCACCAACUACAGCAGCCUGCAACGUGCUCAGCUGACGUUCGACUAUCUUCACACCAACUCAACCACACAUGAAUUCUUGUUUGGGGCCCUUGCUGAACUUGUUGAUAAUGCAAGAGAUGCAGAUGCCACAAGAAUAGACAUCUUUACUGAACCUCGAGAAGACCUGAGGGGUGGGUGCAUGCUCUGUUUUUUGGAUGAUGGAGCAGGAAUGGACCCAAAUGAUGCUGCAAGUGUGAUUCAAUUUGGUAAAUCGGCUAAACGAACACCAGAAUCAACCCAGAUUGGACAAUAUGGAAAUGGCUUGAAAUCGGGCUCCAUGCGAAUUGGCAAGGAUUUUAUUCUCUUUACUAAGAAGGACAACAUCAUGACCUGCCUUUUCUUGUCUCGCACAUUUCAUGAAGAAGAAGGAAUUGAUGAGGUAAUUGUUCCGUUACCCUCCUGGAAUGCUCAUACUGAAGAACCCCUAACAGACAACAUGGAAAAAUUUGCCAUUGAAACUGAGCUGAUCUACAAAUAUUCCCCAUUCAAAUCAAAGCAAGAAGUAUUGGAGCAGUUUAGGAAGAUUACUGGGGAGAAAGGGACUCUGGUGAUCAUUUUCAACCUUAAACUAAUGGAUAACGGAGAACCUGAGCUGGAUGUUACCUCUGACCCAAGAGAUAUCCAGAUGGCUGAAACCCCACCAGAGGGGACGAAACCAGAGCGUCGCUCCUUCCGUGCAUAUGCUGCUGUUCUGUACAUUGAUCCCAGAAUGAGAAUAUUCAUCCAUGGACACAAAGUACAAACUAAACGCCUUUCCUGUUGCUUAUACAAGCCACGAAUGUAUAAAUAUACUUCCAAACGCUUCAAGACCAGAGCGGAACAAGAAGUGAAAAAAGCUGAGCACAUGGCUCGGAUAGCGGAAGAGAAAGCUCGAGAAGCAGAAAGCAAAGCCCGUGCAUUAGAGCUGCGCUUGGGAGGGGAUGUCACAAGGGAGUCCAGGGUCAUGUUGCGCCAAGUCCAGAAUGUUGCAAUAACUAUGCGCAGAGAGGCUGAUGUCAAGAAAAGAAUGAAGGAGGCAAAACAACAGGCACUGAAAGAGCCAAAAGAACUGAACUUCAUCUUUGGUGUAAACAUAGAGCAGCGAUAUUUGGAUGGAAUGUUUGUCUAUAACUGUAGCCGGCUGAUUAAGAUGUAUGAGAAGGUGGGCCCGCAGCUAGAGGGUGGCAUGGCAUGUGGUGGUGUUGUAGGAGUAGUAGACGUCCCCUACUUGGUUUUGGAGCCCACGCAUAACAAGCAGGACUUUGCAGAUGCCAAAGAGUAUCGGCACUUGUUAAGAGCAAUGGGAGAACAUCUGGCUCAGUACUGGAAGGAUAUUGAAAUUGCUCAGAAGGGCAUUAGCAAGUUCUGGGAUGAUUUUGGCUAUUUGUCAGCUAACUGGAACCAGCCUCCAUCAGAUGAGUUACGUUAUAAACGGCGAAGAGCCAUGGAGAUUCCCACUACUAUUCAGUGCGACAUGUGUCUGAAAUGGCGGACCCUCCCCUUCCAGCUCAGCUCUGUGGAGCAAGAAUCCCCAGAUACAUGGGUGUGUGCAAUGAACCCCAAUCCUGAGCAAGACAGAUGUGAUGCUCCUGAACAGAAGCAGAAGGUGCCUUUGAGCAUCUUGAAGAAAGAGAAAUCGCAGGAAGACAAACAGAAAGAACUGACAGACAAAAUUCGCCAGCAACAAGAGAAACUGGAGGCCUUACAGAAAACUACACCAAUACGUUCCCAAGCUGACUUGAAGAAACUCCCCCUGGAAGUCACCACACGACCAAUGCUAGAGAAUUCAGAUCAGCUGACCAGACCACCACGGCCACGUUCUCCUCCUUUACCUGAUGUGAUUAAAAAUGCUCCCAGUAAGCCCCCACCUCCACUUUCCAGGUCUAUAACCCAGCAGAAAAGGGGUCCCCCACCUCGACCAGCCAUUAGCUCCUCCAGGUCACAGAAUGCGACUUUCAGCGAAGAAUUCAACAUUUCCAGAACUCAGACUCAUGCUGUUGCUCAUGGGAAGUCUGCAUGCACACUUGUAAGACCACCACCCAAACCUGUGGCAGUACAACGGACACCCCCAGUGCUGCUUCAGAACUCCAGGAGUCAGCUCAUGCCUCCCAGCCCAAAACACGCAAAGCUGCUUCCGCCACCCAAGAAACCUCUUGUUGUCAGACAUCCCCAGCCUUCCAGUACACGGAAAAGAAGCAUCAUUGACGAUGAAUCAGAGGAGGAGGUGGGUCAAAAAAAAGAGAAAAGGAAACCAGGCAAACAUGUCACAGUCAAAGAAGAGAAGAAAGAUUCCAAUGAGGUGGUGGUAGAGCUCACAGACAGUGCAGGGGAAGAAGAGUCAGCAGAAAUGAAAAGAGCGCAAAAAGAUAAAGGGCAGCAUGUUGAAGUACGCGUGAACAAGGAGUGGUACACAGGCCGCAUUACGGCUGUGGAAGUGGGCAAGAAAGUUGUCCGCUGGAAGGUGAAGUUUGACUACGUUCCUACAGAUGUCACCCCAAGAGAUCGCUGGAUAGAGAGAGGUAGUGAAGAUGUGCGGUUGAUGAAGCCUCCCUCUCCAGAACACCAAAGUCCAGACACUCAGCAGCAACAGCCGGAGGAAAUUGUUGCAGCCCAGCCUUCUACCUCAGAGUGUAUCCGAACUGAGCCAGACACCACUGCCUCUGCCAGCAGCAGCAGUGAAACUGUAGACCUGUUAACCCAGACACUCCGGAAUUGUUUGCGAUAUUUCCUGCCCCCCAAUUUCCCUGUCUCCAAGAAAGAGCUGAGUUCCAUGAGUUCAGAAGAAUUGGUGGCUUUCCCACUGAAAGAAUAUUUCAAGCAGUACGAGAUUGGUCUGCAGAACUUGUGCAACUCAUACCAAACCCGGGCUAAUGCCCAGGCCAAAGCCAGUGAAGAAAGACUCCGUAUUCAGGAACAGAAGCUCACAGAGACAAUGGAAAAGCUCCAGAGGCUGAGGACUAAUAUAGUAGCACUACUCCAGAAGGUGCAAGAGGACAUAGACAUCAAUACAGAUGAUGAACUGGAUGCUUACAUUGAGGACCUAAUCACCAGGGGAGACUGAACAUCAGAGUGAAAUUGCCAGGGAGCCAAUCCCCAGGUCUUCCAUGACAUCAGUUAUAUGUAUGGAGAGCAGCCAGGGAAACAUGGGGCCAACACCAUUAGAGACUAUGUACUGUUACAAUAUGUGUUGGUGUAUGACUUGUUCUUGUGGGAUUUAAAAAAAAUUGCAAAAUGUGUUAGUGCUAUUGGAAGGUUUUUAGUCUUUGUUUAUAAACAAGUUUUUUUUAUAAAAAAACCAAAACAAAUUGAA